GACCGCCAUUUCGUUCGGCGGGGCUGGGGCCGGGGCCGGGAGCGGCGGGAGGAGCCGCGGGCAUGAAUGCCGAGGUCUGCCCCCAGCACUGAGCAGCCAGAGCCACCAGGAUGCCGAUCCCUCCUCCCCCGCCGCCGCCCCCCGGCCCCCCACCACCCCCCACCCUCAGUCAGGCGAACACGGAACCGCCAAAGCUGAGCCGAGAGGAGCAGCGGGGCCGCGGGGCCCUCCUGCAGGACAUCUGUAAAGGGACCAAGCUCAGGAAAGUGACCCAAAUCAAUGACCGCAGUGCGCCCAUCCUGGAAAAGCCCAAGGGCAGCGGCGGCAGCAGCUACGGCUCUGGCUCAGCUGCCAUCCAGCCCAAGGGUGGCCUCUUCCAAGGCGGCGUUCCCAAGCUCAGACCUGUGGGAGCCAAGGACAGCACAGACAGCUCCACUAAACAAACCCUGCAAGUCCCUGGCUCCCGAGCAGCUGCUCCCAGGCCCCCCGUGCCUGCCAGCAACAGCCGCCCUCAGGACGAUGCCGACAGCGGCCGGGGGUCCCCACCGGAACUGCCGCGCACGCAGAGACCCUCCCUGCCUGACCUGUCCCGGCCCGGCACCGCCGGCGGCACCGGCAUGAAGCACAGCUCCUCGGCCCCGCCGCCCCCACCGCCGGGCCGCCGCGCCGCCGCCCCCCCGGCCCCCCCUCCGGCGCACGCCAAGGCCUCGCCCUACAACCGGGAGAAGCCGCUGCCGCCCACCCCGGGACAGCGCCUGCCCGGCGGCAGGGACGGACCCCCGGCCCCGCCGCCCAUCAAACCCCCUCCUUCCCCAGUCAGUCUCCGGUCGGGCGCUCAGGGCCAGUCUCUCGCCCCUCCGCCUCCCCCUUACCGGCAACCCCCCGGCGUCCCCAACGGCCCUUCCAGCCCCAGCAGCGAGUUGGCUCCGGAGCUGCCGCAGAGACACAACUCCUUGCACAGGAAGGCUCCGGGCCCGAUGCGGGGUCUGGCGCCGCCGCCGCCCGCUGCUGCCUCCCCGUCCCUGCAGAGCAGCCGCCCCCCGCCGCCGGCCAGAGACCCCCCAAGCCGUGGAGCAGCUCCGCCGCCCCCGCCGCCGAUGCUGCGGAACGGAGGGCGCGACGCCCCCCCGCCCCCGCCCCCCUACAGACUGCACGGCCCCGCCGAGCCCCCCAGCCGGGGGAAGCCCCCGCCGCCACCCACCCGGACCCCGGCCGGGCCGCCGCCGCCACCGCCGCCCGUGCGGAACGGGCACCGGGACUCCAUCUCCACCGUCAGAGCAUUCCUGGAUGACUUUGAAUCCAAAUACUCCUUUCAUCCCGUUGAAGACUUCCCAGCCCCAGAGGAAUAUAAAUACUUCCAGAGAAUCUACCCCAGCAAAACAAACAGAGCUACGCGUGGGGCUCCCCCUCUGCCCCCCAUCCCCAGGUGAAACCGGGCUGUGCGGGUGGAUUGUUCCAGAGCAGAGACAUGGACCUCCUUCCCCUUCCUCAGCUGGACCCCCCCCAGCUCCCAGCCCCCCGGAUCCUGCAUGACACACUCCCAGCCGCUGCGGUUUUCCCAGGACAAGCGGAUCCCCCCAGUCCAGCGUGCUCCGCCAGCCCCGCCUCAUCUAUGCACCCCGCAGGGCUCUCUGACCUCGUGGCAAGCCUGGAUGGGUCCAUCCCUCAUUCCUCCUCACGGAUCCUGGGUCGGAACCUGCCUGGGGGCCAGGCACAGGACUCGAGGCUGAGCCGUGUGCUGGCUGUUGGGACCAGGGGGCUCAUGGAGAGAGGCUGGGGUCAGGCAGGGAAUGGACACGCUGUGAGACCCCCAGAGCGAGGAGAAGCAGGGACAGGCUGGCAGAGCCUCGUUACCCUGGUGGAACCUUGUUAUCCCGGCACAGCCCGUUGCUUUUUUUGCACAGGAGCCAGUAGAAGCAGGGGGGGAAACGUGAGUGGGACCACACAGGGACACCCCAACAGCUCUGGGCUGGUGGGGACCCCCAUGUGCCCCCCUCAAAACCACUGCUCCCCUGGCACUCCCCUGCAGGGUUCUCCUGGCUCUCGCUGCUGACCCCCCCAAACUUGAGCUAACAAGAAAACACUAAUUACGUGUUCGGGGGGGGGGGGUGUGGGCAUUCGUGCUGGGUCUGGCGUGUCAGGGGGCACAUGGGGGGCCCUGGGGGCCGGUGAUGUUUUGCCUUACACUCCCUGCCCAGCCGGACUCGGUGUUCCCGCGGCGGGGGUCACACUAACGUAGUUACUGAUCUCUUUGUACCAUAGCAGGAAGGGCACGGGCUGGGGGGGGGCACCCCUGCAGAUGGGUUUGGGGCUCAUUCAGGGGAUUUUUUUUUCUAUGACGAUGGACCUUCCCCUGUUGAGGCUGGAGCGAGGUGGGUGAGGGGUGAGUGGGGGGUUUCUCUGGAGAAUGAGGCCCCCCCCCCCAGCGCUGCCCUUUGGGUUUGAUAAAGGUUCAACACGGUUCUGCCCCUCCCGCAGCGAGGGGCCCUUUUAAAAGGGAACAGAGGAAUUUGGAGGAGCUGGAAAUUACAUUUAAAUAAAAGUAAUAAAGUGAUAAAUGAUGUCAA